AUGGACCCGUUCGAGGUCCGGAUGGAGUUCAUCUCGCUCGUCUCGAAACUCACGUCGUCGGUCCUGUCCAUCUCCAAGGUCGCCUCGUUCGCGCUCAAACACGCCGCCAAGUGCUCCGACGACAUCUGGGACUGCUACGUCGACGAGAUCGCUCACGCCAAUCUCAACGCUCGCGUCAACCUGCUGUACCUCCUCGAUGCACUGCUGGACAAGGAGGGGCCAAAGGGCGUCAGUCGGGGCGCAGAAGCGAGCGCAGUAGGGCUGGGAAGCUACAGGGUGCUCGUCGAGCGAGACCUGGGCAAGGUGGUCGGGCAUGUCGUCCCCGAGACGAGGGAGGGCAUCCUCAACUGGAUGAGCGUACAGCAGGUCCUGCGCUCAUGGAAGACUCGACGGUUGCUGGAUGCGGAGGUGCUCGAGCAGGUCACGGAGGAGCUGGAGAACCGCAAGACAGCCUUGCAUGACGCCUCGGCGGACUCCUCUGCUCUCGCCAAUUUCUCGAAGAACGACAUCUUGCGGCGGAUCGAAGACGAUAGGGAGCGGCACAAGCGUCUGAAGGAGCGCAUCUGGGUCCUCCCGGUCCCUUCAACCAUCUUCUCGCUCCCCUUGUCCUCCUCGAUUCCCGCUGCCGCCGCCUCUUCCGCCGCCACUUCCUCGCAGAAGCCUUCACCCAUCUCACCAGCAUCCCCCUUCGACCCGACAUCCUCCGCGAAACCGAAAAGCUCGCACGCCCGGAAAUCUUCGAUCGCAGCGGCCGCCGCCGAAAAGGCCACACCCGCUGCCGCAACACGGGGUCCGGAACUCGCGCUCGAGAAUGAGUUCGAGCAGCUGUGGGAGGCGAAUGAGGAGGAGCGACGAGCUGUGCAGGGCGGCGAGGAGGGCGACUCGGAAAUGGCGGACGCGUCGCGGCCGUGGAAGCGGGGCAGGGUGUGGCCGCUGGACCAGCAUGAGCGCCAUGAGUUGCGGAGGGAACGACAGAGAUGCUUCGUCGUUGAAGCUGCGUGA